GGAUCCGUACCUGUUUCUCUCUUCAAACUCGGUAAAGUGUCCAGUGUAAGAUUAAUUAAUUCAGUAAGAUGUCGCUCCAGAGAUGCUCCCGUGCUUUAUUGUCAGGUGCUACCGUCCUAAGGAGUGUUUCUUGUCAACAGAUUCGACGCAAAAGCCAGAUUUGCACGCACACACGCAGCCUGAACCUCGCAGCCGCGGCCAAGACUCUGCUGGAACCGCCACCUGCAGGUACAGCCGUGGUUGGCACAGUCACGGGUACGAAUACACUGCGAGUUGGGUUCAGUGACGGCAGUGCCAAAGAGAUCCCUUACACCUGGCUCAGGGGUAACUGUAGGUGCCACAGAUGUCUUCGUGGUGACACUGAGGGACGUCUGGCCUCAGGAGAACAAAGCACGGAGAUUCACCCGGAAAUUGUUCAGAGCAACGUGCACGGGAUAGUGGUGGACUGGAGCGACGGACACAUCAGCAAGUAUCCCGGACUGUGGCUCUACGAGAAAGCCACGUCAUCCGUUGAUCAGCCGGUUCUUCGUCAGCAGCAACUCUGUGCUGUGUGAAGUGCUAGAGGCCCGAGGUUGUUGGUAACCUCACAGACGCCGCCAACGAUGAGGGAGACGGCGUUCAAGUGGAUAAAGAUUAAGGAGGUUUUCUUCUGACCCCGAAAGGAAUCUGCCUGAAACGAUCUGCUCUUCGCUGUUGAUUCUCUGCCUCUUACUUUCUCUCUCUUUAUCUAUCUGUUUAUCAGUCUGCCUCUCUCUCUCUCUCUCUCUCUCUCUCUCUCUCUCUCUUCCCACUCGAACAUGUAAUGAUACCGGGAUGCCGAAUAAUAGAUUUAUAUGUGUUAUCUGAAUCGGUAUGUAACAAAAUGUGAAUCUAAAAAGCACCUUGAUAUUGUACUGUAUGUAUUUCUGAGUUUGGAGCAUAUGCAAUAAUAAAACAUUAACAUCA